AUGAGAGAGGAUUCAUUCCUUUCUACAUCCCCUCCUGUGGUCCAAUUUUCACCCCAGAAGAAAAGAGAAGACAGGCCAGCCGGGAAGCAGGAUAUAAGUUGUACUCUUGUCGCGAAACCUCCUUUCUUCCGCCGUUCUAAGAGUGGAAAGAAAAGUCUUUGCCUAGCUAGUAAGAGGAGAAGCGAAAGAGCUAUCGUCGAAAGCUUCUCCUUUACACGGGAUUCUUCUAGCUUCAAUCGAGAAAGGAACCUUGAAAAAAGUCUUUCAAAACUUUACAUCCAUCAGAGCGGCAGGCAUGGAAAAGAGCCUUGGGUUGAGACAGACGGGGGCAUCCGCAGCCCAGUGAGAUCCUAUCUAUCGGUCGUUAAGGACCUAUUCCCAACCAGUCAAUCAAAGACAGACGGGCAGACUAUUUGA